GGGUGAAUCCGAGUCAAUUGGUUAGCGCAAGCAGGCAUCCGAAGAGAGCCCGUUCGUCUUCCGCGCAUUGAGUGUCUGCCCCGAAAUAGCUCACCUCCUGGCACACUGGGAGUGCCAAGCCCAAGUUGUCGUAUUUUUAGCUUCCGUUUAUUUUAGCUGUCCAUGCCAGGUAGCCGUAUCCACUGCCAGAAAGCGCACAUACUAUGAGAGCUUGGUGUCUCGGAUGCUGAGUACUCGUAAGAGCUAUUGAUGGUGGGCGUGGGGUACACAGCGGAGGACGAUACUGACGACUUCCAAGAGCAGAUCCAAGAGAACCAAGCAUCGCGCAAUGUGGCCCGUGCAAGGGCAGACACCGGUCGUCGGUUUCCUUGAAGUCUUGGCAUCCUAUAUUUACCGCUUGGGUUCCUCAACCCGCAGUGGCAAAGAUAGAUCGUCCUUGGCUUCACUCAAAUACGCUCUCAUCCUGUGAAAAUGCAGUCCACGUCUAUCCCGGUCCCCUCCAAGCCUCUCUCUUCUCCCCCGCCUCAUGAGCUCGUUGCCUUCGCCGCCUUCAUAUUAUACACAUUCCGAUUCACAUUUUCAGCAGUAUAACUCACAUCACGAAUCGGCCAUGAAAGCUUUGCUAUCAUCGACUUGGCAUGUUCUCGAACAGCCUCCGCCCCCAAGCCUCCGUGAAAUACUUAGUGCAUACAAGGCAAAAGGCGACGGCGAUCGCGAUAUGCUUCUCGCUAUGCUGAAUGCCAAAAGCGCAGAGGAUCAGCGCCUUGCUUCAAUAGCAUCUUUACAUCGAACGAUGCUUGAAGUGCAUCAGAUGUCUACUUCCACACAGGUUACGCCUUCUCACGUGCAAGAUGGACAUGCUUCGCAUUCGUACCAGCAUUUCCCGUCUCCACCGACCACAUCAUACCAUCAUUCUCCCCCAUUACCCCCACUCGUACAUACGAGUUCACACAUGCAGUCAGAAAGUAUUCCGCGAACACGCCACCGGGUAGAACCAUCAAUGUCCGCUACAACGAACCAUUACCGGGAUCACGAGCGAGAAAUCCUGCCCACGUCUUCACAUACUCGAAAGCGUCGUCGCACCUCUCGAUCUCCGCCACCCGCAAGGGAACCAAGAUUGCGAUCGAGCAUGCUCACGGCACAUCAACUGCCUCCGCAUGAUCUCCCGUUGUCCCCUUAUUCUUCCACGUCCUCACAUAGUAGCGGCGGAUCUCCACGAUCGAGAGAAUCCAUGGCUAUAGGUUCUCUGCUUUCUGAGACUCAAGGGCCGCCAAGAGAUCCAGUGUCUUCUAGUCGAAGAACCAGUUCAGAGCGAAGCACCCGGUCUAUCUCUCCUCUACGUCGUUAGUUUAUGUGGUAUCUGUAUGUAUUCCCUUUUGGGCUGUAAUCUCUCCACGUUUUACGCUUUUUAUCUUCCCCCUGGGAUACGCCAAGUACUGUUGUACUACGUGUUAGUCAUAGCUGCUGUAUGUUUCGUCUGUAUUCGUCGAAUUGUUUCCAUGGUAGUAGUAAUUAUUCUGGUGGUAGUACUCUCAAGCUGUCGCCACCUACACAUGCGUAUGGGAUCCCGUCAUUCGUGUGUUAC